AGGUGACAAGUGGGCUGAUCGGAGGGAUGGACACGCAGCUACGCGUUCAAGAGGUCGCCGUCAGAUGCGGUGGUGGCGUGUAUGGUGCUGCGCCGUGCCACGCUUCCCCGGCCCCGGCCGUAGGAUGGUGCCAUGGUGGUGCCGUGCACGGCGGGGAUGGAGUCUCAUCCAAAAACCCCCAACCCCACCGACCUCCAUUUCUCACCCCGCCCACCUCUUCCGUCCUCCCGUUCCCGUCCCGCACACAGACUCUUUCUCUCUCCUCCCCUCUCUCGUCCUCUCUCUCUCGUCCGAUCUGCAUCUGCUUUUCUCCCCCUUGUCUGUCUCUCUCCUGUCCGUGGCGUGCGCAAAGAUUUGAUUUUUUUUUUCUCGGGGAGGAGCCGGAGUCCGAGCAGGAGUGGCGGCGGGAGGGAGGAGAUCCUGAUCUGUUGUCGCAGCGGGGAGGGGAGGACCGGAGGAGGAAGAUGGCUGCGCAGGAGCAGGAGCAGGAGCAGGAGAAGCAGCAGGCGAAGACGAGCACCACGAGCUCGCUCCCCUCCAGCAGCGAGCGCUCCUCCAGCUCCGCUCGCAACAACCUCACGGAAGGAGGGGCGGAGAGCGACGAGGAGAUACGGCGGGUGCCGGAGAUGGGCGGCGCGUCGGCGUCGGCCUCGUCGGGCGCCGGCGCGGACGAGCGUCCCAAGGGGGAGGACGGCAAGCAGGGGCAGGUGGCGGCGGGGGCGCAGCCUCCGGCGGGCGGGAAGAAGCGCGGGCGCACGGCGGGGGACAAGGAGCAGAACCGGCUGAAGCGGCUGCUGCGGAACCGCGUGUCCGCGCAGCAGGCGCGGGAGCGGAAGAAGGCGUACCUGACGGAGCUGGAGGCGAAGGCCAAGGGCCUGGAGCUCCGCAAUGCGGAGCUGGAGCAGCGGGUGUCCACGCUCCAGAACGAGAACAACACGCUCCGCCAGGUGCCCGCCUCGCCUCGCCUCCCCUCCGUCCACCACCCUCCAUUCGUUUGCUUCGCUUCGGCGAUUCGAUCUGAGCUCCAAAGCGAGCGUUCCUCUCGUUCCGACCGACUGACCCAACCCCUCCCUGGUGCCGUCGCGCAGAUUCUGAAGAACACGACGGCGCACGCGAGCAAGAGGUCCGGCGGCGGCGGCGGCGGUGGCGGCAAGGGCGGAGACGGCGGCAAGAAGCACCACCUCGCCAAGAGCUAGUGAGAAACGAGAGAGGGAGCUGGUUCGUGCCCUGCUCGCGCUCGCCUGAUCUGACCAUUGCUGGCGUGUUGCUGUUCCUGACGACGCCUUCUCUUUUUCUUCUUUUCUCCUACUGUUACCCGUGGGUUUCGUCUCUUGCCUCGCUGAUGCACUGUUUUAACUGUUAGCCAUCCCGUCUACUCACCAGUGAACACUGCUGCUAGUUAAUUUCUCGGUGGUUUAGGGUGCCGUGCCAGAACGCCGUGUAACUUCGUUCUUGUACUGUCUUGUAGUUCAGCCUUGCGGUUUGGCAAUUCGAUUCAAGAUUACUGUA